AAAAACAACUACAACUAAACCAACAACCAAAUUAUUAAACGCAUAUUAUCAGUGAUAUUAAAUAAACAAAAAUAGACAUAAUUUACACCCUCAUCAAAAGAAUAAGAAGAAGAAGAAAAAAAAACGAAGGAUCAAUUAAAAAUCCCGAUAAACGUAAUAAAUUGGAUCAUGAGGACAUGAACGACACGAGUAUAAGUGAAUCACAAGAAAAAAAAGUGAAUUUACCUGCACCAUCAAAUGAAAAUAAAGAUGGGGUGGGUGGUGGUGGUGGUGGUGGUUCAAGAUGGUUUGUACCACCGAUUGCCACCACCACCACUGCCGAAUCAACGUUCGAGAGUCUCGCAUUGGACGUUUCUUAUUCGGGAUUGGAUAUGUCGGGACAUGACCUUGUUGAUCAUGCUACUAACAGUUAUCGAGAAACUAGGGAUGAUAGGAGAAGGGGUAGUAUCAGAAAAGAUGAUAUACAGAAAAAAAUUAAUAAGAUAAAUGAUAAAGAAGAUGAUUUGUUAUGGGACGACAUUGGUGUCGUUGAAUAUUUGGAAAGAAAACUUGGACCACCUGACGAAAGUACACCUGAGGAACGUGUUGAAGUUCUUAAAGAAGUUUUAGCCGAAACUGACAUACACGAAGGUGACGGUGAUCUAUCGGAUUUUCUCUUUCACGUUGCUAGGACGAAAUAUGGCAGGAUUUACAUCAGAGUUAUUCGUACGCUUCUGUUAAAUCGAGUUUUUGGUGUUGGAGUUGGUCCGUGUAGGACCUCUUUUGGUGUACCCUGGAGGACGAAGAAUCAGAAAAGCAAAACUGGAGUGCCAAGGUGGAGGAAAUCGAGGAGGAAGCAACCUCUUCGAUAUCAUCAACAACCACAGCAACAGGAAGAGGAAGAAGAAUCCCAGGAUGAUGAUCCUUACGAAUACGACGAGGACAUCAGACCUUCAACUUCAUCAGUUUCAUCGGAAUUUGAUUCAACUUCGGAUAAUUAUGAAAACGAAGUGGCUAGGGUACUUCGUCUCGAGACAUAUUAUUCGCAAACUGGUUCAUCGCAAGAAUGUGGGCCCGUCAGAAGUAUGAAUCAUUCUUCACCCCUUACUUGGAAUAUUCACAUGGAUUCCAAUCCUAUUAGAUUAGUCGUAUCACGAAACUGGUUCUGGUGA